AUGGUAGGCGGCACAGCUGUCCACGGGCGGUACGACCCGAUGACCUCGGUCACCAAGGGGCAGCCGAAGGCCUGGUUCGACCUUUGGCCCAAGCGCCCCGACCUCCGAACACAAGCACGGCGAACGUGGCCCAAUGUCUAUGUCAGUCUGCAGGCCAUUGCAGAGCACAGGCGGUGGCAGCAGCAGCGCGGAUUCAUGGGCAGCCUCGUCUUGUUGAGUUGGUCGGGUUGCUGGGACUCGCGAGGGCCAGGCGCCUGGAUCGACUGCAGAGGCGACGCGUGGAAGUUCUCAGGCCCGCUCUCGACCCGCAGACCAAAAAAAAAGUGGAAGUUCUCAGAGGGCCAGGACGACGGCGACCCCUACGAUAUCAUCGGCGCCAGGCUUGCAGACGCUGAGGCGCAGCAGCGAGAGCAGGCCGAGACGCACCACAACGGCGACGGCGCGGACGGAGGCAUAGACACCACCCACACCAUCGAGCACAUGGACAGGAAACGUAAGGAGUUCGGAGGCGGAGACAUGUACUGCGAGCGCGGCGCGUUCGAGAAUGACUACCACCGCACCUGGGAGUCAUGGGGAGCCGGGAUCCACCACGAUAUCCUCGACAAAGGGCUUGCGAGGAGAUCUGAGGUGCAGCCAUGGGCGCCGAUGGACGCCCAGUUCCGGGCCUCGCCCGGGAGGAAGCAGAGCAUCAACAGGAUGGAGCUCUGGGCCCUCGCCAACUGCACCGAGUCGACCGUUGGCCCGCUCAUCUUCUGGACUGACAGCGAGAUCACCUUCCUCGACUGGCGCGUUCAGGGGCCAGAGCGACACCAAAACGGUGCCAAGCUGCAGGCCGUCGCGCACAACGGGAUGGGGCUGGUGCGAGUGGGCGAGGGCCACCGCGAGCCGGGACUGCAACUCUUGGAGGCCCGGCCGCGCGAGGCGAACGGGCACCAGCACGAGGAGGUCAAGGAGUGCAGAGGCAUCGUCUACCGCAGCGCGGAGGCGCGGAGAGGGGCGGAGGCCCAGGCCGAGGCGCCAGCAGAGGCCACCACGGCAGCCGAGGCCAGGGGAAGCGCCGGCGCCGCGGGCGGCGGGCACACGGCCGGCGCCAAGAGGGCGCGGGAGAUCUGCGUCUCCAGCGGCGACGAGGGCGCGGGCGAGGGCAGCCGUGGCCCGGGCGUCGCGCAGGGGCUCCACCGCGUCACGUCGCGGGCCGACUGGACGGCGGGGCGGAGGCGGACGGACCGCCGGCUUGGCCAGGUGCACCCAGGCGCGUUGGUGGAGGUGUUGGAGAUUGUCCACGACAUCGAGGAUCGGCGCGUGCGCGGGCGGAUCCGGCCCAAGGUGCACCUGGACGUGACGUUCGGCGACUCCGCGCCGAGCGCGCACGGGCACCGGACCGCCUUCUGCGCGCACCUCGCCGCGAUCACCGAGGCGGCGAUCGGCAAGCUGGAGGAGCCAGAAGUGCCAGAUCUCGGCUCCCAUGUGCGAGGUGCUGGCGUCGGACGACGACACCGCGGUGGCCUUGCUGAGGGGACUGACCAAAAGCGCGGCAUGCGCUUCCCGCUCGUGGACGGGUCCGAGGAACCCCGGCAUCGACUCCGCCUCGCACCACGGCGGGGCUCUCGCUUCGGUACUCUUGUGGCGCGGCAGACUGAGGGAACAGCUGUCGAGGGCCAUGGCGGUGCGCAUGCAGUCCGAGAAGGCCGGCGGCCACUUGGACAUCCCAGGACUGCGCUCCGCCAUCGGGUCCGGCGCGGCAGCCUCGGCGUGGACGGGCGCCCGGCUGGAGAAGCUGCAGAAACGGGUGGGGGGCAUCCGUCCACUUCGGGAGCGAACGACGCCGCCCGGGGCUCCUGCUGGUGUCGCAGGCAGCACGACGGCCCGCUCUUCGAGCACGCGUGGUUGCCCGCGCGGGCGCGGGCGAUUCCGGCGACUCGGGCGGAGCGGGGCGCAGACGGGGCGCAUGCUGGGCAGCGCCUUCGCCGCCGGCGUGGGGACGCUGCAGGAGGAGGGGCGCAGGGGCCUCGCAGGCAGCGGGCACGCCUGCGCCUGGCUCGCGUGCGCGCGCCUGCGCUGUGGAGGCAGGCUGCGCUGCGGAGGCAGGCCGCCGACAGCACAGGGCUACUCGCACUCGGGGGCGGCGGGGGAGCCAUCGAGCACAUCGAGAGGGAGGUGGCCAGAACCACGGGCGCCCAGGUGGCGCGUGCAGCUCGCUCCUCAAGCACGACCGUCGAGGACCAGGAAAGUGACGCACCUUAG